UGUUGCUCGGGGGUGUUGCGCUGGUCCAUGCGGCGCUGUUCCCGUCACACGGUUUGCAGUUUAGCUUUAGCCCCUCCUUGUUCCUCCACCUCUCCCCCGAGACCUCCAUCCCCUGCAUGCUCUCGUGGCGGCGCACCAAAUAGGUUGGCUUUUGUGUGUGUGUGUGCGCGUGUGUGUGCGCGCGCAGAAACAAAUCCCUGUUAUUUGAGGCUCCGCGAGGAUUAAAGCGAGCAUGCCCAGUCUAAUGCAGUGAGCGCCAGCAAACCUACAAAGAGGAAACGGGCUGACAAAGGAGUCGGAGCCGAGGCAGUCGGGGUCGGUACGGGGCUUUUACGGCGGGCUGUGGGGAGGACAACUGGCGGGCCCCUUUUCUUCCGAACCGGUGUUUAAAAUUAAGCGCUUAAUGCUAAAAGUUUGGAGAAACCCAAGACACUGUUUAACCUACUGUUUAAUAAGUAACUAAGGUCAAACUCGACCGGUUGUUUAAACACGGGGCCUUCUUUUACAUAGCGGGCUGGCUGGUUUUUAGCUUUUCAGCUUGUAAAUUGUAAAUCUAUUAAUCUGGUAAACCGUGCCCUUCCUUUAACUGAGUGUUCUGCAAGACGGCUGAUCUUUUCUGCUAUAAAAUUAAAUGCUUCUUACGACCAUGGAUCUGUUGAACUACCAGUACAUGGACAAAAUGAACAACAACAUUGGCUUACUUUGCUAUGAAGGUGAAGAUCUGAGGGGUGAACUCAGGAUGCAAUCCAUGUCUGCCUUCAUCAGCAGCCACCGUACCGGACCCCCUCCCAUCAGUCCUGGCAAGAGGAAGUACAGUGGAGACCAGCUAAACGACAACGCUGAGAGCGAGCAUGUUUCCAAGAUGAGCCGCCUGUUUGCAGCUCAGAUAGAUAAGACUAUCAAUGGACAGUACCGGCAAGACCGCCGCGAUCAGAGUGGGAACCCCGGCGAGCGCGGAUCCAUCCCCACUGUACGCCUUCAUGGUAGCCUCAUCUACUCUCCGAUGCCCAUCCUGGCCAUGGAGCAGCCGUUGGCGCUCACCAAAAACAGCGUGGAUGCCACCGGCACCCUUUCCGUGUCUCCAGCUGCCAGCCCCGUGGAACGCCAGCAGAACCGCCCCUCUGUGAUCACCUGUGCAUCUGCCAGCAAUCGCAACUGCAACCUGUCUCACUGCCCCUUGUCCCACCGCGGCUGUCUCUCCAGCUACAGGAAGCCCGCUGGCUCGGACACGCCCUCUGACCCCGUGAUUGAGGAACACUUCCGCCGCAGCCUGGGGAGGAACUACAAGGAGCCUGAGCUGGUGAACUCGGUGUCCAUCACGGGCUCUGUGGACGACCACUUUGCCAAAGCGCUCGGUGAGGCCUGGCUGCAGAUCAAAGCCAAGGGCAGCGUCUCUGGCCCUGCUGAGACACCUGGCCAUGGGUUCGAUAAUGCCCGAAACCACUCCCCUUCAAUGGUUUCAUGAGUAGCGUCUUACAACCCCCACCUCUGUCUAAAACCCUGCAUGGUUUUCCUGAGCUUAGAACAAUGGAAGUGUGUGUUCUUCUACAUGCUGGGUAGGAAAAUGGCCAUUUUCCCCCCUAUAAUUGUUAAAUAUUACUAUGAAUUAUACCUGCUUGGCGUUUGUGGUUUGAGAUGGCCUGGACUGUUGGUUUUUUUUUCCAUUUGAAGGUUAGAUUGGCUCUCUACCCAUUUGCCGAUGUUACCAAAGAAAAAUUUCAUCGUGGGAUUCACACAGUCAUGUACAUCUUGCCUUCUGGUCUGCUGUGCUUUACAUUGUUCCCCCUGUUUUUUAACUUGAAAAUGGCCAAAUGAGAUUUGCACUAAAAUUUUGUGGGUUCAAGAGGUGCAGGUCAGCUUUGUAAUAGUGUGUGGGUGUGUAUGUGUGUACACAUUCUGGCGUUUUCCUCUGCGUGUCUCUUCCUUAAAGCUACAAUGAGCAAACGGCCAAUAACAUGAAGGAGGUGUUGUGUCUUCUCCGUGCUGAGAUGGCUGAGCUCUCCGCUGAACUUUUUUUUUUUUUUCUCUUUUUGUAAUGGGCAUUUAAUUUUUUUUCUACUUUUAUGUUGCGUUAGCACUUCAAGGUUCAAGAUGAGGUUUUAAACCGUAAAAUUGUGCUUUACAAAUGCAUGUUUAAAUAGCUGGUAUCUAUUAAUGUCAAGAUUUUAUCAGUUCUUAAACUGUUAGCCUCCUAUUUUGGAUGUUUUGUUUUUUUGUACGUAACUCCUAGAUAUUCUCACUGCUGGUACAGUUGCACAGGAAAAAUGUGUAUAUAUUUUAACUCGAUAUUCAUUAAGGUGACAUGUAGCAUCAAACACUGUCCUUGGGCAGGCCUUAUUAUUACUGGCAAGUUUUACAUAUUGGUAAUCUGUGGUACAGGACGAUCAAGGGUUAUAUCUCACUGAAUACAGACUCUUCAGUUAUGAGUGGUCAGAACAUGGCAAUUUAGAUUACACACCCUUCAUAGUAUACUUUAGAAAAUACUGUAUAUUUUACAUUAACAGAUGCAAUCAUAUUGCGGUCAGACGUCUGUUUUGUUUUGACCUUUAACACAGAAUGAAUAUAUUGUUGACUUUACCCACAUUAACUCUGACAGACGUGUUACUCAUGCUUGAUCUUAUUUGUUUAUAUAUACGCCCAUACGCAUAUAAAAUUAAUUGGUGGGAUUUAUAUAUUGGUCACAAUGUUAUGGUAAAGACUUUUUAAAGCUGACGAGUGUCUUUUACCAUUAGUUACACUAUUUCCACUGUUACUUGUGCAAAUGCAUUGUACCCAGAUUUCACACAUUCCUGCAACAGGGGGCCUAAUUUGUGUUUUAUUUUUCUGAAGUAUGAAUCUGUGCUUUUUGGAGACCAAGCUGACUAAAGUGCUGCUACAGCAGCACAGGUGAGCACUCCUCCUUCUAGGGGCCACUGCUCACAUUCCAUCUGUCCAUUUUAGCGAACACGUGGUGGUCAGGGGUCACUAAUGGUCAUUGAGAAGGAGUUCUGCAAUGGUGGUCUCAGUGAUGCAUCUCCUAAAGUGCCAUUAGCUUUUUGUAAGCUAGGACUGAUUGGUGAGUUCUGGGAUCUGACUUGCUUCGAGGGGAAGGACCCUUCAUUUGGAGGCCAUUGCAUGUUCGCUUAGCUAGUAAUGGGUAGGGAGCACCUGAUUGACAUUGAAACACACAGAUACCUGCAUAAUGUAGGAGCAUCUUUCACAAUACUCUUUUCUAUAUAGGCAACUACAAGACAGACAUUACGCUGUGCGUAACGAAUGUACAGAGAAUAGUACAAGGUAUUUUUUCGAAGAACAAUUGAUUUAAAGAUAUGUAGCUAUUUAAGUAAUUUCUGUCCUUUUAUUGUAAUCAUUAUAUGUAAAGAAAUAUAUAUAUAUAUUUUGUUUUGUAGUAUUAAGGCAAACACGCAGGAAUGUAGUUAUUCCAUUGAAACACUGGCGUGGUUUAACAGCCACCCUCUUAAGAGGACAGCGACAUGCGUCUGCUGAGCUUUCCUGAUGGUGUGUGUGCCUUUCGAGUGAAACCAAGCACAAGUGUUCAUUUGAACCAACCUGUCUGAGAUGGGUGACUUCAAACAGAUGCUGGUUUAGAUGCUAAAAUAUUAACUUGUUUUUAAAGGUCACUAAGAGUCUAGCUUAACAAUAUAUUUCUCCAUGUCUAAAACACUCUGUAAACCUGUAUUGUGCCUUUUUUUGUUUUAAUUUCUCCGAAUGAUGAGUUUUGGUGAGGCCAGCUUUUUGUACUUAGUAGCCUAAAUGAAUAAAGUGGUAUUAAAUGACG